AUGGUGGAGACGCUUGCUGGCGUGCUGCUGUUCCUGGUGUUGUGUUACCUUGGUAACCUCUUUGGCCGGCUGGUUUUCGUAUACGCCAUUGAACGAACCACUACACAGCUGUGCUUUGUUUCCAUUUUCGCCCUCUCGACGUUCAUCUUCAUUGUCGGUCUGUUAGAUGCCUCGAAAAUGGGGAGUUUAUAUUUUUCCAUGGGCUUUUGCACGCACGCGCUACGCCUUGCUAUCGUGGCCGACAUUGUCAUUAUCUCGGUGCUCUGCCCAUUAGGCAUCCUCUGGUCCUUCUUGCGGAGUUUGCGCCUCCGCCACUUCCUCCCACUGCUGGUGGGCUGCAGCCUUCUCGUUGUUGUGUUUGGUGUGCGGGCUCCACUGUUGGUGUUGGUUCGCCGCCUCCCGGGUUUCGGCGUGCAGGGGGAUGUUGCGCGUAUAUCGUGGGACGCCGCCACCACCGGCGUCGCCCUUCUCGGCGUCCUCGCGGUGGGCGUUCUCUCAGGCUACGCCGCCGUGACAACACCCGCCGCGUUCAUUCGGCCGCUAGUGGUAAAGGGAAGUGGUGAGGGGGCGCGAGCCGCGCUGGGCGUUCUGGCGAAGCGGCAGCGCCAUCUACUUUCGCUGUGGAUAUCCAAACAGCGCCAUAUUGCGGAGGCGUGGGGCGCGGCGGCGCCGUCCGUUGGCGGUGGGAAACCGCGAGUGUGGAACUGGGUGACAAAAUCACUCCGCUCCACCGUUGGCGGCGGUGGUCUCCGCCGGGGCGGCGACGACGUCGCGAAGCUGAAGGCGGAGUGCAACGGCAUACAGGCUGUGAGCAUGGCGGUGUUCCUCGAGAUGAGCGAGAUGGACUCCUUGGUGCGCUCGGCGGAGAGCGGCGCCACGUGGCGUGGGUGGGCGGACGCGCUCCUCGGCGUGCUGCUUCUCUUCCACACUGUACUGAAGCUUGUGUUCACCAUUAUCAGCCUACUGCGAUGGGGCAUGUCGUCCGCCGACAAUCCCACUGCCUCUCCCCUCCCCGAAGACACUGCGACACGGGUAGUGAACUUUCUAGAGACCUACGGGCUCGCGACUCCACACAGUGAGGGUGCGGAGCAACGCAUUGUGUGGGUGUCAUUGGUCCUAAAUGCGUGGAUGAUCAUGUGCUCCAUCCGAGGAUUUCUGUUAACGGUAUUUCGGCUGGUGAUGACGUACACGACAUUCCUUAGCGUAGACACCACGGUGCUCGGACUGACGGCGGGAAUGGGCGCAUAUUUUGUGGGACAGAUGCUGCUGCUCCAUCUAUCACCACAACUGGAGAGUCAAAGCGUGCUGUUUGUGGUCCGGCAGGAGCAGUUGCCGAUGAAUGAGAUGUACCGCCAUCUCAACGACUUGGUAUUCGUCAUUUCAAGCAUCAUCACGGUUUUUGUGGUGCAGUGCUUUGGGUCCCCGACGACUGCAAUGCAGUUCACUGUUGCAGACUAG